AUGGGGUUGUGGGCAUUGGUAGCUUUCUGUCUGUUGUCAUUAAUACUGGUUGGCUCAGCAGAGCAAUGUGGAGGGCAAGCUGGGGGUAGAGUUUGCCCAGGGGGGGCAUGCUGCAGCAAGUUUGGUUGGUGUGGCAACACUGCUGAUUACUGUGGCAGUGGCUGCCAAAGCCAGUGCAGUUCCACUGGUGACAUUGGCCAGCUUAUUACCAGGUCCAUGUUCAAUGAUAUGCUUAAGCAUAGAAAUGAGGGGAGUUGCCCUGGCAAGGGCUUCUACACCUAUGACGCUUUCAUAGCUGCUGCUAAGGCCUUUCCUGGCUUUGGAACAACUGGUGAUACCACUACUCGUAAAAGGGAAAUCGCAGCCUUCUUGGCUCAAACUUCUCAUGAAACCACUGGGGGGUGGGCUAGUGCACCUGAUGGCCCAUACGCUUGGGGAUACUGCUACCUCAGGGAACAAGGCAGCCCCGGAGCUUACUGUGUUCCUAGUGCACAGUGGCCUUGUGCCGCUGGUAGGAAAUACUAUGGCCGAGGCCCCAUACAGAUUUCCUACAACUACAACUAUGGGCAAGCUGGGAAAGCCAUAGGGGUAGACCUGGUAAACAACCCUGAUCUAGUAGCAACAGAUGCAGUCAUAUCAUUCAAGACAGCCUUCUGGUUCUGGAUGACACCCCAGUCACCCAAGCCUUCCUGCCAUAAUGUCAUCACAGGAGGAUGGACCCCAUCAGGUGCAGAUAGGUCAGCAGGGCGGCUUCCCGGUUUUGGUGUUAUCACAAACAUCAUCAAUGGAGGUGUUGAAUGUGGGAAAGGGGUAGUUCCUCAGGUCCAGGACCGCAUAGGUUUCUAUAAGAGGUACUGUGAUAUACUUAGGGUUAGCUAUGGCAACAACCUGGACUGCAACAACCAAAGGCCUUUCGGGUCUGGCCUCCUGCUGGACACCAUCUAA